AUGAGAGGACAAAAAGAGAUUUUAGAGAAACUGGCAGGGACCUUCCACAUCCAGCAUGUGCUGCUCCGCCAGGCCCUGGCAGAAUGCCUGGGAACGCUUAUUUUAGUGAUGUUUGGUUGUGGUGCGGUGGCGCAGAUGGUGCUGAGUGAAGGAUCUCAUGGCACAUUUCUCUCUGUUAACCUCGCUUUUGGUUUCGCUGCAACUCUAGGCAUCCUUGUGAGUGGAAAGGUCUCAGGUGGUCAUCUGAACCCAGCAUUGACAUUCACGCUGUGUUUACUUGGGAGAGAGCCUUGGAGGAAGUUCCCGCUGUUCUUUUUCUUCCAGACGCUUGGAGCCUUCCUGGGUGCGGCCGUCGUAUUUGGAAUGUAUUUCGAAGCAUUGUGGGACUUCGGCCAGGGACAGCUGAUUGUGGUGGGGAAGAAUGCCACAGCUGGGAUUUUUGCAACUUACCCAGCCAAACAUCUCACCCUGGUUAAUGGAUUCUUUGAUCAGAUUAUUGGAACAGCUGCUCUGAUCGUGUGCAUCCUGGCCAUAGCUGAUCCAUGCAACAGUCCAGUCCCUAGAGGUCUGGAGGCCUUCGCAGUGGGCUUUGUUGUGUUGGUCAUCGGCCUGUCAAUGGGCUUCAACUCUGGCUAUGCCGUCAACCCAGCCAGGGAUUUAGGACCACGCAUCUUUACGGCGGUUGCAGGCUGGGGUGGAGAGGUUUUCACAGCGAACACCUACUGGUUCUUUGUGCCCAUCUGUGCUCCAUUCUUGGGCGCAGUGGUGGGUGUGUUGAUGUACCAGCUGAUGAUUGGAUACCAUCUACAAGGAGUAGUGCAAGAGGAGCAGAGGGAGGAGGAGGAAAGGUUCAAACUCUCCAAUAUCACAACCAACGAAGAUGCAUGA